AAGUGCGUAUGUGCAUGUGUGUGUGUGUGUGUGUGUGUGUGUGUGUGUUCAGAUGAUCUGCUCAUCUUUCAUUCAGUCUCAGAAAGCCACGAUGGAGUUCAGAUCAUCAUGUCUCCUGUUCGUCUGCUUCACCAUCAUCAUCCUCAUCGACAACAAAGCAGGUGCAGCCAUUCCAACAUGCUGUCUGAGUGUUUCACACAGAAUCCCAAAAAGUGUACUGCGAUCAGUCAGAAGAUACGAAGUCCAGGACAGAUCUGGACACUGUGAGAUCGAUGCUCUAAUAUUACACUUCAAGAGGAGGAAACUCUGUGCUCAUCCCAAACUGGAGAGAUUCUUGAAGAAAAUGAAAAAGCGCAGAGUUGAAAAGCCUUAAAGGAGAGAGCUCCAGUGUGAAAUCGCGGAUCUACAGACGGCUUCAGGACUCUUCAUGACUUUAAAUCUGUUUAUUUUUAUAGAAAGUCAUCAUGAAAACACUUCAGGCAGUGUGUAUGGCCAAAUACUGUGUGUGUUAUCUUCAAAUAUAAUCAUCAAAUAAACACUUGCUUCAGUUUUG